CAGGCUGGCGAUUGCUUUGCGACAUGUCCGUCCCAUACACACACAAACACACACACACCCCACACACACAGAAAGAGAGAGAGAGAGAGAGAGGGAGAGAUCGGGGGGAGAUGGGGAGACCUACAUCCACAGUUGGAUUGGGAAACAGCCUCCCUGUGCAGGUGAGGGCCGCUUCCCCGGUCAUUCGUCUGCCUGUCCGUCUGUCUGUCUGUCUGUCUUUCUGCACACGCACUAGGUCAUUGAUUGUCCACCUGUUGGUCCGCAGUCCCUCAGUGUCACUCACUGUCCCCAACCACCCUUCCCUCCCCCUCUCUCUACACACUCCCUCUACACACGCCUAUCGGACUCUCCUCCCCCCUCAAAUGGGUUUCUGUGUGUCUUGUCAUCCUUGCUGGCGGCCUUCUCUGCUGCUCUCAGUCGGCCGUACAUGACGAUGCCGACGCUGCAAAGGACGAGGCCCAUCCAGCUCAUGAACUGGACGCGCUCGUGGUACGCUAGCACACCAACCUUUUAGUAUGCGACACAGAGAGAGAGGAAUGUCAGUGUUUUCUGGUGUCCCUGCCUGCAUGUCUUUGUGUUAUCUUCCUUACCAGUAUGGUCAGGAAGAAUUUGGUCUGAGCGGCGAGGGCCAGGGUGAGCCCUGAUGUCACGCUCACCUAAGGCACCGAGACAGACGCAAUGCAACGCACAGGGCAGGACAUUCCGGGAGAGAAGCUUCUGAGGUCGGUCUGUCUGUCUGUCUGUCUGUCUGUCAGGCUCGGUCCGGCCACCAACCAGGUGGAAGUUCGCAUAAGUGACGAGGAAGGCCAUCACCGUCGAGAGGCCCACCAGCAGCAGUAUCAACGUCGCACCCCACCGGUCAGACGCAAACCUGAGUGAGUGAACAAUCGAGCGACGAAAUAGCGUAUGUGUAUGCGGGAAACAAACGGACGUACCCGUGGCAGUAUUGUUGCAGCUUUGUUGCCUCUAGGGUCAGGGCGACGGGCACCAUACAGGCGGUCGCGAUGGGCUGGGUCAUCGCCAACAGCUGCACCGAGCUGUAGUGCCUGCAGCAAGAUAUAUCAUUAUGUUGUGUGGGUGGUGCCGUUCUGCAUGAGAUGGCAGGUAUACGUGUCAGUCUUACUUGCAUGAGCAUUGUACGACGCACCACCUCACUGCACUGCUGAUGACUACCAGACCGUUCAACAAGAUACCCAGCCACGACUGAAUCUCCAACCCCUGUCAGGCAGGCAAACAAACACACACGCAAUGCAUUCCCCCCGCGCCCAUGUGUGUGUGUGAGCUCACCUCGAUGGCGAGCCAUAUGGAUGCCGACACCAUGAAGACGAUGCCCAUCAGACGCCACGACAAGUGCUCAAUGCCCAACGAGAUACCUAUCAUGGGUGCCAGGGGGGCAAGGAAGGAAUAGAGCACUCUGAGUGAGAUUCGUUGCUUGCGUCGGUCGGUCUCACCGCAGAGGUAGGUUGCGAGCGGUAUUGUGGCCUUGAUGGUCGUCAUCAGGGCGAUACUCGAGUACACGUACGCCGCAUUGCUGCUUAUCACCGCAACUGCACACGCACACAGACACACACACACAAACACGACCAUGCGAUGUUUUCCAACCAUGCCCCACUCGCCCCUCCCCCCCCUUUCGCUCAUAGUACCAGCACUGCACGCGGCAAUAACGGGCAGCAUGACUCCAUCCCUCCGCCAGUCCAGCGGCCUCCACUUGGCGGCAAGACAGCCGCCAUACCGCAGCAGCAGGGGCAGCGCCACAGACUGCGCCAAGAAGUGGAGGCUGGUCACGAGCAGAGGGAAGUUGAACCCGCGGAUGUCGAACAUCUCCUUGUUGAGGGCUGUCAGCCCGAUCCCCGUCACGUACCACAGCAGCAACGCAUAAACUAUCUCCAACACCUUCCGCACCUCGGGCCCGUGCCGCUGGCCGCUCCACGCCCACGGCAGCUGCACCCCGCCGUCUGCUUUGCCGUGAUGACGGUCAGGGAAGAGCGGAGUCGCCUCGUCGGACGCCUCGCUUGAUCGUGUGGUGGUGGUGGUGGAUGCAUCGCUGAACGGCGACUUGUUGGGUGGGAUGGAUGCGGCCUCGUCGCCGUCAGAGCACAGAUCUGCCGAGAAGGGGUUGGUGUCCGGGCGAUUCAGCCGCAUCGCAGACGGUGGAAGAUGUUGG